AUGAGCAGUAUCCAAAGCACUCCCCUUAAAAAGAAAAAAUCAAUUUUCUAAAAGAUAAAAACGUUCUUUAAUGAUAUUCCUGAUGAAUAAAUUACAGUGAUAAAUGAAGCUUCAUAAAAAAAACCUCCUUUGAUCAAAAAAGUAUAGUUUGUUCCUUAUUAUAGAGCUAAUCAUUAGCAGAGCCUAGUUCUAAAAGCAAAAAUAAAGAUGCAAAACAUUUAUAUUUUUAGGAAGACUUUAAUGAAAUACACCAAGUUAAUAUUGAAGAAUUUGGAGAAUGA